GGACUUCAAAGUACCAACUUACUUUCACUCAUCUGGUAUUUUCUUUUCUCAAACAAUAUAUAAGCUAGCCGUCUUCAUCGCAGCAUCUGCUUAUCAGUCAUUUCUCUACUACGUAAUCAGCAUACAUCCGUGCCCUCCAGGCAUUCCUGCCCUGAGCUGUUAGGCACUUACAACAGUUCUAUUACAACAGACGGGCCAAGGAAGCUAGGACAAUCAGUCGGAUAUUUAAAAUGGCGGAUGUGGAGAUGAAAGAAGCUUCUGCUGGUACUUCAGCCAAGGGAAAGGGAGCAUCUAAGGCUUCCGAAGGUGCAAGUGAUGGCAAAAAGAAGUUCGAAGUCAAGAAAUGGAAUGCGGUGGCCCUAUGGGCGUGGGAUAUCGUUGUCGAUAAUUGUGCCAUUUGCCGUAAUCAUAUCAUGGACUUGUGUAUCGAGUGUCAAGCAAACCAAGGCUCAUCUACGACUGAAGAGUGUACAGUUGCCUGGGGGAUUUGCAACCACGCGUUUCAUUUCCACUGCAUAUCCCGUUGGCUGAAAACUCGCCAGGUCUGUCCCUUGGAUAACCGAGACUGGGAAUUUCAGAAGUAUGGUCGGUAAACGCAGUUCUAUAGAGGAUCUUCUGAUUGCUGAAGCUGCCACCUACGUGGUGCCAUAAAUUUUUAUACGCAACAAAUGGUCUGGAUUGGCGUUCGGGUUUGUUUUUCACACCUUUCCGGUGAUUACUAUGAUGAUAAAUGCGGCUUCUUGGUUGUGUAGAGAUAAAUAGUCCGGCUCAAUACCUUCCGAGUCGAUCUCUCCUGUAUCUUGCUUGUACUUCAUGCCACUUUAGUUCCAUCUACCAUGAUCCGUGCGCCACCGACAAUCCCCGCUGACGAAACAAGCCAUUUCUCAGGGUUCAUAUUGUACAUAGGCCAAGGAGGGAUGACAACCAGUCCAGUUACCAGUGUACCUGCCAAGCCGACCCAGAGUGUGAGAUGUAUGUCCCGGUAGAUAUAUCCAGCGAAGAAAGCAACAACCUUGACACGACGAGCGUAAGCGAAUGAUACCAAUUAUCAAUGCAAACUAUAUUUGGCGAAAGAAUGAUCAGAAAUUGACUAGCACUGUACCGCAGAUAUAAUUAAUAGAGCCGUAGACAAUAUUUCAGCUAUGCGCUGGCCGUGAAAGUCCUAUCCAUGUAACGU